AUGACCUUACGACGGUUUUCCUAUACAUUUCAAGCACGCAUUCUUCGUGGCCUUCAAGCAAGACCAGUGUUUGUAUUACCAUCUCGUUCCCAUUCGACUAAAGCUCGUCCGGUCGUCGACAUAGCCGAUGCUGCAGAACACAUUCCAACAGUUAAUAUACGCAAUUGGGCUAUCAUUUCGCAUAUUGAUCAUGGAAAGUCAACGCUAAGCGAUCGUAUUCUUGAACUCACAGGUGUCAUCGAAAAGUCGUCCGGGAAACAAAGAGUCCUCGAUAAGCUGAGUGUCGAGCAGCGAAGAGGAAUUACUGUAAAGGCACAAACCUGCAGCAUGAUAUACGAGUACAACGAUGAGCAAUAUCUUUUGAAUCUCAUUGACACACCCGGACAUGUCGACUUCUCUUCGGAAGUAACACAUAGCUUGGCGGCUUGUGAGGGCUGUAUCCUUCUGGUCGACGCAACACGAGGAAUUCAGGCUCAAACAGUCUCAAAUUUCUACUUAGCCUUUGCCCGAAACUUGCUGGAAGAAGUGUUUGAACUGGACAGAAAGGAAGCUUUGCUCGUGUCGUCAAAAACGGGGAAGAACGUUCCUGAGCUUAUUGAUGCAAUCAUACAACGCGUUCCACAUCCCAUAUGUGAUGAAAACGCGUCACUAAAAUGUGUGCUUAUUGACAGUUGGUUCAAUACACAUCGGGGAGUCAUUGGUCUGGUACGGAUACUAGAUGGCAAACUGGUUGCCGGUGCUGCUAUCUAUAGUGUGAAUACGCAUCGGAAAUACGUUGUGAACGAAGUGGGAUUCAUGCAUCCAAAUCCUGUUGAAGCUCAAGUUCUUCUAGCUGGCCAAGUUGGUUACGUUAAUUGGAACAUGAAAAAUAGUGCCGAAGCAAUUCUCGGAGACACAUUUACCCAGGUUGGCCACGUUGUUAAGGCAAUGCCUGGUUUUGAGAAGCAGCAACCAAAGGUAUAUGUGAACGCUUUUCCACUGGUCAGAUCCGAUUACGACAGUUUGAGUGAUAGCAUCGACAGGCUUGCACUCAAUGACCGCAGUAUUUUUGUUGAAAAAGACACAUCAGACACACUGGGGAUAGGCUGGCGUUUAGGCUUCCUUGGCAGCCUGCAUCUCUCGGUUUUCCUGGAUCGGUUGAAAGAUGAAUACAAGCAUGAAGUAUUAGUAACGGCGCCUACUGUCCCUUACAGGAUUACAUGGAAAGAUGGAAUGACAAGUAUGGUUUCGAAUCCGAGCAAUUUUCCCGACGCCCGUACCGCAUAUGCUCAGGUCGAAGAACCAAUGGCCCUUGUGACGCUCGUUUUUCCUCGCGAGUAUGUGGGCCCAGUCAUGAAUUUGUGUGAAAGUUGUCGGGGAACACAACAGAAGUGUUCGUUUUUAUCGACUGCGCGCUGUGUGCUUGAGUACUUAUUGCCGAUGUCGCGUUUAAUGGAUGGUUUUUUUGAUCAACUGAAAAGCUGUACUCAUGGAUAUGGCAGUUUGGAAUAUGAAGAUGCGGGUUUCGCACCUUCAGACAUUGUGAAGCUAAGCUAUCUCGUGAACGGUAUGCCUAUUGAUGCCCUAUGCACGAUAUUACAUCGCUCAAGUGUACUACGAACUGCUCGUGCAUCUCUACAACGGCUAAAGUCGCUUAUUCCACGACAGUUGUAUGAGGUAGCGCUGCAAGCCAUGUGCGAAAAACACAUCAUCGCUCGCGAGACGAUCUCUGCCGCAAGGAAAAACGUAACAGCCAAGUGUUAUGGCGGAGAUGUUACUCGCAAAAUGAAGUUAUUGAAAAAUCAACGUGAAGGAAAAAAGCGAAUGAAACAGUUUGGAAAUGUUUCUAUUGAUCAAGGGGUAAGCUACACGAGUAAUAAGGAAAACAGAUGUCUAUCAAUUCAUCAUGGUCUCAUUUUACGUUGA